AUGUGGUUCGUAGUAUUAUUAUUCAGUUUGGCGCAAGCACACGCUCGACAUGUUGGAGAAAUUGUCUGUAGACAGUGUGGAGCAACGAUAACCAGGCAAUCGGAGCUGCACAAUCUCACUGGUGUAGACGUCAAUCAGCUGCAAUACGAGUACGACUUUCCAUUGGUUGGAAAAACUACUACAGUACACGUUCUCAAAAAUCCACAAGGCCACAAAUUUCACGUUUUCGGCGCAAAGACGGCUCAUCUUCAUUUCCAUGGCAAGCCCGAAUCUCACGACACCUGGUACCCCGGCUUCAAAUGGACGAUUUGUCAAUGCAAAGCCUGUAGUAGGCAUAUGGGAUGGUACUUCGAGCCGGAGAGAAAAAUGACAACCACGGACCCAGAUAUCCCAGAUCGAAGCUUCAUUGGCCUGGUUUUGGAAAACGUCAUUUCGGCAGAUUAUGUCAACACCCUGACCAAGGUUCCGGAUUUCUGA